CGAGGAGGAGCUUGCAGGCUCAAGUAGGGGAUGCCAAUCAAAGCAUCAACUUCAAAUUGUAUCUGAGAGAUCAGCCCGGAGACCUCAGGGCCAGGCGCGUCAGUCGGAGCGCAAUUGUUGAUCAGAUCACAUCCAGCGGACUUUGCGCGAGAAAAAGAGAGAGGAAGCCGAGAUUUAAGAGCGGGCUUGUUUUGACGGCACAUACCGCUGUAUGUCUCCAGUAGCUGUGACUUUGGCUUGAACACUUUCCCUCGACUCCUCUGGGUUCCUUUUUUUCUUUUUCUUUUUUUUCCCCCUUCCACCACACACACUUGUUUUUGGUCUUUUUACGCACAGUUUGUCGGACGAUACAGGCUGUGCCACAGUUUCGGCGGAGGAGAUGUCUUUCCCCCAGCUAGGCUACCCGCAGUACUUAAGUGCCUCCCAGGCGGUGUACGGGGGCGAGAGACCGGGAGUGCUUACGUCUUCGUCCCGCGGAGGGAGCUCCGAAAUCGGGGGUAGUCCUUCCGCCACCGCGGCGGCGGUCAGUUCGGUGUUGGGCAUGUACGCCAACCCGUACGCGCACAACUACAGCGCUUUCUUACCUUACACCAGCGCGGACCUGGCUCUUUUCUCACAAAUGGGGUCCCAGUAUGAGCUGAAGGACAGUCCUGGCGUGCACCCUGGCAGCUUCGCAGCCCACACCUCACCUGCCUUCUACCCAUACGGUCAGUUCCAGUACGGGGACCCGGCCAGGCCCAAGAACGCCACCCGGGAGAGCACCAGCACCCUGAAGGCCUGGCUCAACGAGCACAGGAAAAACCCGUACCCGACCAAGGGCGAGAAGAUCAUGCUGGCCAUCAUCACCAAGAUGACGCUGACGCAGGUCUCCACCUGGUUCGCCAACGCCAGGAGGAGGCUCAAGAAGGAGAACAAGGUGACCUGGGGCAGGAGCAAAGAGGACGGGGAGGAGAACUUGUUCGGCAGCGGGGACGAGGCGGAGAAGAACGAAGACGAGGAGGAGAUCGAUUUGGAGAGCAUUGACAUCGACAAGAUCGACGACAACGACGGGGAUCAGAGCAACGAGGACGAUGACGAUAAAUCGACGGAGGGCAGCAGGGAGCACAGGGGCGGUGUGGGUGCGGGGGGAGAGUUGGACAGCUUGGAGAAAAGACGGGCCUUCGCCCUGCAGGCCCACGAGGCCUUUGACAAAUCGAAGAGCACAAUUUCAGUUCACGCAGGGAGUAAGGAGAGCUCGGACGGCAACAACAACAACACGACUAGAGUUUUGUCUCCGGACAGAUCCGGGAGCUUUCCUCUCCCGUCCAACAACAAGCCUAAGAUCUGGUCUCUAGCAGAGACCGCCACUAGCCCCGACACUUCAUCCCAGAAACCCUCGUCCCCCUGUGGCCCCGCGGCCACCACUCACCCGUCAGCCCCCCACCACCAGAUCCAAACCCACCCGGCCUUCCUCCCCAGCCACGGACUGUACACUUGCCAGAUUGGAAAGUUCCACAACUGGACGAACGGGGCUUUCCUGGGCCAGAACUCCCUGCUCAACGUGCGGUCGUUUCUGGGAGUAAACCAGCACCAUCACCACCACCACAACCACCACUUGCAGCAGCAGCAGCAGCAGCCGACGUCGGUGGUGGUGUCUCCGGUAGCAGCUGCAGCAGCGCUCAGCAAUGACAGCAAGGCCCCACGAGAGACCCACAGUCCCAAACACAUAGACCAUGAAAACGGUGUAAGGUCUGUUUCACCUCCAACACAGAUCCUGAAGUCUUCCUUUCGACCCAUCCAUGACAGAUCCUCUCUGCCUUCCAGCGCCAGGAGUCCACCAGACGCCACGCAACGCGUCCUCACUGCUCUCUCCUCGGCUUGAUCAAGACAUUUUCUCUUUUCUUUUUUUCCCCGAGAUUGAAAAAAAAAAAACCCUCCAACACACAAGACAAGAAAAACAGAGACAAAAAAAGAGACUUUACACUCCCUGAGAAAAAAAGAGGACAAUGAGAAAUAAUAAUGCAGCGUAGCAUCCAGUCGGUACAGAACAAAUGGCGUAAUUUGGUAAUAUCCUGUGGAUGGAUGGAUUACUUCCUCUAUUGUUGUGUAGCCUAUAAUCGCGCCUAUAAUGUUACUCUCUCUCUCUCUCUCUCUCUCUCUCUCUCCACUUUGACCCAGGCAGGCUGGGAUAUUUUUUUUUUUUGGUAGGCUUUUUACUUUAUUAUUAUUAUAAUUAUAAUUAUUAUAAUUAUUAUUUUUUUGUCUCUAUCUUGUGUUUUUUGGUGUCCUUCCUUUAAUGUAAAUACCAAGUGAUUUAAAUUUGUAAAUAGGAAGCGUUGAAGGAAUUUGUCCAGAUCGUAUAUUUUGCCUAAUAAACUAAAUGAAAUUAUA